UUCUAAUAUUCCAUUGCGAUUAGCGUCUUAUUUCCAACCUAUGCCCUAAAACGCAGGCGGCAUCGCCUCCGCCCGUCCCUCCCGUUCUGACCACACUCCUGGGUCUCAACAUUCAACACUGGCACAAUAUACAGGUCCAUAUUGUGCCAUUAUAGGUAUUGUCUGCAUGCCUGUGACAAGGCAAUCCGGAGCAUCUCAUAGACUCAUGCCAACCCACUGUGGGACAGGAACCAAUUUGCUACGCAAAACACAUCAGCAAAUGAUAUGGUACUCCACACAAAUUUUGUCGGGUGGUAGAGUGAGAGGCAUGAGCACAACAUGAACACUGCUUCAGUUCUUGACUGAAUGGACAAAAAACACAUGGUGCAAUUUCAUGGGGAUGGAUGAAUUUGCUGGAACUUGUUAAGAGUAGAUUAAUAGUUUCCGCAUAACCAUUUUACAUGCCAUUUUACAUGAUGAGUCUCCUUUCUUUGUUGAGUUGGAACGAGUUCUACAAGAAGGGAAGAGAGGUUUGCGCGAGUUGCGAGGUGAAGUUAAGAUGAUGAGAGAGAGAGAGAGAGAGAGGGAGAGAGAGACACACACAAACACACUCUGGAUUGCCAGACACGGUAAACAAAAGGAUGGAUGCCAACUUCACGAUAGUAGUAAACACGCAUCCCUUUGACCGAGCUCUCAAUAUCCAUCCCAGAUAAGAUUUCGAUCGCAGGGACCCUAAAGAUGGCGGUGGCCAGGAAUGCGCCCGAGCCCCUGCUUUCAUGGCGCGUCAGACCUUUGUUUGAUCUUCUUGGACGACCAAGCGAAGAGGAGGUAUAAAAAGGAGCUGAGCCACCAGCGUUAUCGUGGAGCCCAAAAGGGAAGCAGAAGUAAAACUCUUGCCUUCCCUCGUUCACCACAGAGACGGAGAGCUUGCGCUGAGAUGGCAGGUGGUGGGUUAGCGCCCUCAAAUGGCGACGUGAAGCACUACAAUGGCCGUGUCACAUCCUUCGUGAUCGUCACUUGCGUGAUCGCGGCCACCGGUGGCCUAAUCUUCGGCUACGACAUUGGCGUCUCGGGGGGUGUGACUUCCAUGGAUGAAUUCCUUGAGAAGUUCUUCCCAUCGGUGUACCAGCAGGAGAAGACGGCCAGCGGGUCGAAGAACCAAUGGUGCCAGUUCGACAGCCAAAUGCUGACGUCCUUCACGUCGUCCCUCUACGUCGCGGGGCUCAUCUCCACCUACUUCGCGUCCAUGGUGACGCAGGCAUUUGGCAGGAAGUCAUCCAUGCUGUUCGGCGGAGCGGCCUUCCUCCUGGGCUCGGCCAUCAAUGGCGUCGCCAUGAACGUGGCCAUGCUCAUCAUCGGCCGCAUUCUGCUCGGUGUCGGCGUGGGGUUCGCCAACCAGGCCGUCCCGCUUUACUUGUCCGAGAUGGCACCGCCGCAGCUCCGAGGGGCGCUCAACAUGGGGUUCCAGAUGGCCACCACCAUCGGCAUCUUCGUCGCCGGCCUUGUGAAUUAUGGCACGGGAAAGCUCCAUGCGGGAUACGGGUGGCGCAUAUCGGUGGCCCUUGCUGCCGUGCCGGCUCUCAUCAUGACCCUUGGUGCCAUCGCCCUCCCCGACACCCCCAACUCCCUCGUCGAGCGUGGCCUGCGCGACCAGGCCAAGGCCACGCUUCAGAAGAUCCGGGGGACCGACGACGUCGAGGCGGAGCUGCAGGACAUGAUCAAGGCGAGCGAGGAGGCGAAGAAGGUGAGCGACCCCUGGAGUAGCAUCCUCCGCCCGGAGCACCGCCCGCAUCUCGUCAUGGCCAUCGCCAUCCCCAUGUUCCAGCAGCUCACCGGCAUCAACGUGAUCAUGUUCUACGCGCCGGUGCUCUUUAAGACCAUCGGCUUCGGGGACAGCGCCUCGCUCAUGUCGGCCGUCAUCUCCGGCCUCGUCAACGUCUUCGCGACCACCGUGUCCAUCGCAACCGUCGACAAGUUCGGCCGCAGGGUCCUGUUCCUGGAGGGCGGGAUUCAGAUGGUGGUGAGCCAGGUGGCCGUCGGGGCCAUCCUGGGGACCUUCUUCGGGGAUGCCGGCACCGGGAAGCUCUCGCCAGGGUUGGCCAACCUGGUGCUGGCCCUCAUCUGCGUCUACGUCGCAGCGUUCGCGUGGUCGUGGGGGCCGCUCGGCUGGCUGGUGCCCAGCGAGAUCUUCCCGCUCAACAUCCGGUCGGCGGGACAGUCGAUCGUGGUCGGCGUCAACUUCUUCUUCACCUUCGUCAUCGCGCAGCUCUUCCUCAUGGCGCUCUGCCACCUCAAAUCGGGUCUGUUCCACCUGUUCGCUGCCUUCGUGGUAGUGAUGACAUUGUUCGUCGUCUUCCUGGUGCCCGAGACGAAGGGCGUGCCCAUCGAAGAGAUGACUCUGGUGUGGAAGAAGCACUGGUUUUGGAAGAAGUACAUGCUCGACGACCGCAUCACGCCAUCGGAGCACCGGCGAGAAGACUGACGAUGUCAUGCAUGAGUCUCUGUUUGCUGAUAUGAGAGAAACAAACAACACAGGUUGUGUGUAGUCCACAACAAGUGUGGCCUCAUACGUCCUCAAUUUUCCCAGAUACAAUUAUGUAUGUUUACAAUCUAUCAGUAACAAGGUUCGCGGUGGAACUGUGCCUCCU